AUGGCUGAGGGGUGGCUGAGCCGCCUGCCAGCUGGAAAGAGCAGAGGGCAGAAGGGCAGCAUGGGGGACGCGGACGACCUGGAUGACAGCCUGACCAGCCUCAUGUGGCUGCAGGACUUCUCAAUUGCCAACCCCAGCAUGGGCAAGUCCUCCUGCUGCCCCAGCGGCCAGGACCCCCACAACUGUCAGAGGAUCCCCAGCUUUGCUGCCCCAUGCUCGCCCCUGGCCGCCGACCCAGCGUGCAUGGGCAUCCCCCACACUCCCUGCAAUCCCAUCUCCUCCUGCACCUCGAGGACGGCGCACAACACCAUGGCCGUGAACCCUCAGCUCAUGGACGACAUCGACUACAAGACCAACCCGCACGUCAAGCCGCCCUACUCCUACGCCACCCUCAUCUGCAUGGCGAUGGAGGCCAGCAAUAAGCCCAAAGUCACCCUUUCUGCCAUCUACCAGUGGAUUACUGACAACUUCUGCUACUUCCGACAUGCUGAUCCCACCUGGCAGAACUCCAUCCGGCACAGCCUCUCCUUGAACAAGUGCUUCAUCAAGGUCCCCCGGGAGAAGGGCGAGCCGGGGAAAGGCGGGUUUUGGAAGCUGGACCCCCAACAUGCUGACCAGCUCAAGAACGGUGCCUUCAAAAAGCGGAGGAUGCCCCCAGUGCAGAUCCCCCCGUCCUUCACCGGAAGAGCCCAGCAAGAAGUACGGUGCGUCACCAACUCGGCCACUUCAACUUGCACCACCGAUAGCAUCCUCUACGUCAACACGGAGUCGCAGCAGCUGCUGAAAGAAUUUGAAAAAGUCACUGGCAACGAGAACCGGAAUCCAGAGGAUGGCAAAGCAGGCCAGAAGCGCAGGCAGCCCUUGCCCAAGCGAACGGCCAAGGCGUCGCGGCUUUCCAGCUCUGCCUUGCUGACCCAGGAAGAGCAGACCGAGCUGGGAUCGCUGAAAGGUGACUUUGACUGGGAGGCCAUCUUAGACACCAACCUGAGUGGGGACCUCUCCAUUUUCGGGGAUCUGGAGUUCACACCUCCACUAAGCCCCCCCGCAACACGCAACCCGGACUUGACGGUACAAGGGCACCACGUCGACUGUCCUCAGGGGCAGGAGCAGGUCCUCACUGAACCCAGCCUGAACAACCUGGACUUUGACGAAACCUUGAUGGCCACGUCUUUCCUGCAGCAUCCCUGGGAUGAAGAGACAGACGAUCUCCUCUCCAACUGCAUCAACAUAGAUCAGUUGUUUGACCUCAACGAUACCUCUUUGCCAGUGGAUGUGAGCGACUGGAGCAGUCUCACGUCCCUUUUAUAA